AUGGCACACAAAAAAUCGUUGCAAGCAUUGGAAAUUACGAUGAGAGACAUUCGAAAGAACGAUAAUUUGUUUGAUGGUGCAUUGAUAUUGUUGGCUGGUGAUUUUAGACAAACACUGCCAGUCAUUCCUCGAUCAACUCCAGCCGAUGAGCUGAAUGCAUGUUUAAAAUUGUCGCCGUUAUGGAGAUACGUAAAAGUUUUACGCCUCAGAGAAAAUGUUCGAGUUCAAUUGCAAAAUGAUCCAUCUGCUGCUGUAUUUUCGAAGCAAUUAUUGGAUAUUGGAAAUGGUGCAAUGGCCGUUAAUGCUGCAACUGGUAUGAUUACUUUUCCCGAAAAUUUUUGCCGUAUUACCCAAGAAAAAGAUGAAUUAGUUCAAAGCGUGUUCCCGAAUAUUGUUCAAAACUAUAUGGAUCACGAUUGGUUGGGUGAAAGAGCCAUAUUAGCAGGAACAAAUAAAGAUGUUACCGAACUCAAUUGGAGUAUUCAAAGUAAAAUCCCAGGUGAUGUGGUUUCAUAUAAAUCAAUCGAUACGGUUACAAACGACGAUGGUGUUGUGCAUUAUUCAGCUGAAUUUUUAAAUUCAGUGGAUGUACCUGGGCUGCCACCACACAAUUUGCGGCUGAAACUGAUGAAAAAUGUUAUCGAAGCAACUAUAUUGAAAGGAAAAUUCAAGGGUGAAGACGUGUUGAUAUCACCAAUCCCAAUGAUUCCAACUGAUAUGCCAUUUAGUUUUAAGCGGUUGCAAUUUCCAAUUCGAAUUGCAUUUGCAAUAACCAUUAAUAAAUCUCAAGGACAAUCAAUGGAAAUUUGUGGUAUUAACUUGGAAUAUCCCGUUUUUUCCCAUGGCCAAUUAUAUGUUACCUGUUCACGUGUUGGUAAACCACAGGCAUUAUAUAUUUAUGCUAAAGAUAGCCAAACUAAAAAUAUUGUGUAUCGUAAGGCAUUGAAUUAA